CUUGACAACACAUAUAUGUUUGCAGCGUGCAGUUAUCAUUCAGUCUUCAUUAAGCUCCUCGAGCUUGACAGUAUGGCAGGUACAAGCAGAAUCUUGACUCGCAUUCUCCAGACUGCUGUACAACUUUCAGCAACAAGGUUUCAUACAUGCAUUAGAUCUAAGAGAGUGAAGACAGUAGCAUCUCUUGUUGGUUUUGGAAGUGGAGGUGCCUUCAGCUUAACCUUCUUUACUACAUCACGCAAAACUGAAGAGAGCAUAAGGGAACAAGCAGCCAAAUGGAUGGCCCAGCCUCUAACAGAUGUUGAAAAACUUGAACAGAAGUCAUCAGAUAUGCUCCGCAUGGAAGUAUUGAUUAUGAGAAUUCAGGCAGAAUUUUGUAAAGCUUUGGAAGAACAAGAUGGGGAAAAAAAAUUUCAAGUCGACAAAUGGUAUAGAAAAGAGGGUGGUGGAGGAAUUACCUGUGUUCUUCAAGAUGGCACCGUAUUUGAAAAGGCUGGAGUUAAUGUCUCAGUGGUUAGUGGGAGUCUUCCUGCAAGUGCUGCACAACAGAUGCGAUCAAGGGGAAAGAAGUUAGAAGGAGAUGACCUUCCUUUCUUUGCAGCUGGUGUCAGUAGUGUAAUCCAUCCUAAAAACCCUCAUGUGCCUACCGUACAUUUUAACUACCGCUACUUUGAAGUUGAAGAUAGAAAUGGCACGAAACACUGGUGGUUUGGUGGCGGCACAGACUUGACCCCUUACUACCUUGACAAAGAUGAUGUGGUACAUUUUCACAAAACUUUGAAAGAUGCUUGUGACAAGCAUGGUAAAAAGUACUACAAAGAGUACAAGAAAUGGUGUGAUGACUACUUCAAUGUAGCACACAGAGGGGAAAGACGUGGAGUUGGUGGAAUAUUUUUUGAUGACCUGGACUCUCCUGACCAAGAAACCGUUUUCCAGUUUGUUAAGAGCUGUGCUGACUCUGUUAUUCCCUCCUACAUUCCAAUUGUGAAAAAGCAGAAGUACAAGACAUACAGUUAUGAUGAACGUACUUGGCAGUUGUUGAGACGAGGAAGAUAUGUGGAGUUUAACCUUAUUUAUGAUCGAGGCACUAAGUUUGGACUGUACACACCAGGUGCCCGCUAUGAAAGUAUUCUGAUGUCUCUGCCUUUGCUUGCACGCUGGGAAUAUAUGCAUGUUCCCAAAGCUGGUUCAAAAGAAGAGGAGCUGCUGAAGGUGCUUCAACAGCCCAAGGAUUGGGUUUGAAGAACUUUGGGACAGUAUUUUGUGAAUGGAUAUUUUUGGUUACAUUUUUAUUGUUCAUUAGCUUGCAGAGAACAUCUUCAUUAGUAUUUGAAGUGAUUGAAGAAUAGUGCUGCUAGGUUUUGACUUUUAGGUGUCUAUUGUUUGCCAUGGCUGUUUUCAGGGAAUAACUAUUACUGUGGGAAAUUUAAGUAAUUACUGCAUAUGCAUUUGUGCCAUUCAAGGAAUUUUUCAUCUUGAAAGAAAUAUUUGUAUUCAUGAUGUGGGAGCUUUCAACUUAUAUAACAAAUAAUCCCUGAUAAUCAAGUGAAUAUUUUAUCUAGUCAUUUUUUGUGCUUGUUCAUUCCUCUAAAAUGCCAUUAUAUUUCAAAACAUUUAUUAGUAGGUGGUUUUUAUAAAGGGAAUCAAAAUCCAUUCAUGGCACUUUCUGCAUGUUGAUGAUGGCAGGGCGUUUUCUGAUCAGAACUUUUGUUUGUAGAGAUCAUGCAAUGAUAUAUUUUUAUGUAUAUAGAUAUAUUUGUUAAGAUUUUAUAUUGGUUUUAUUGGUUUAGAAGUAAUAUUUUCACAUUACUUCUUUGUAUUUGGCAGUAGGGUAUGAAAUCCUUUUUAUACACAAAAGUAUCCACUGUCACCUAUAUUCCCUUCUUCUACGAUUCGUUACUAUAUGAUGUACAUCAUUAGGUUUACACCAGUAGCUUUGUUUGGUGGUGACAUAUCCUGACAGCAGUAUAGGAUUUUGACCUUCAUAGUCAUUUCUGAUUCACUUCUAGAAGGGCAAAGUUUGAUAGUAUUCUGUGAUUGUUUUUACAGGAAAAUAGAAAUUUGUUUUACUUACGAUCGAUAAUUCAGAUAAAGGAGUUGUUGCAUUGAAAAAUGGUAUCAAUACUCUAGACGUACCUACCUUGAAAUUUCUUUCCUGCAGUAAGAAAAAUGGCAAGCAAAUAUCCUGUUUCUAGUUUUCAGCUGAGACAACUUCUUCAGAAAGCAGACAUAAGAUAAUAAGCUGCUUCUUGUGCAGAAUUUAUUGUUUUAAAAAUAUGUUUUUCAUUAUAAAUUUACUUUUAGAGUUUUAGUUAUUCUUUGUAGUUUUUGAAGUUGUAAAUGUGCCCCCUUUUCAGGAUCAAAGCUCCUUUAAUACAUUUGAGUUAAUCUUUAAUGCAAGUAGUAAGCUUAUUAUCAGGUGUGGUACCUAUGAACCAGAGGUAAAACCAGAAUCUGAAAAAUAUUGUGUAAUUUGUAGGCUUUAAUGUGAUGUACAGAUGUGCAUGUGUGUUACCUAUAGAGUCCAGACUGCAAGAGUAGAUCUCAGUGGUUCUAUGAUUUAUUUUUAGUUGCCAACAUAUGUAUUGGCUUCUGUCUAAAUAGUAUACUGCUCAUAACAAGAACAUGACAAAAUAAGAGAGCAUUAUGUUUUCUUUUGACACUGUAAAUAUAUUCUUGGUUACAAAUAUAAAAAGGCAAAAACAC